AUGCCUGCUACGAUCCAGAUUCCUAAGGAUGUGUUUGUAAGGCUCAGGCCUGCAAUCGAUGGUACACCUGUUCAAGGCAUCUUGUUCGGUCAACGUGAAGAAUGUCCAGAUCGUAGACUAAUAAUUCAUGUUAAGGGCUUCUUUUCAUAUCAAUCAAGUUCUCGGGAUCUCAUCAGCACGAUCGCAAAGUUGAUGAACUGGAAAGGUCAAACUGUACUAGGCUGGUUUGCUGCCCCCGGACUCGAUGUCCUAACACGUUGUGAUCCACCACGUAUAGCUUCAGCUUAUUUUCAUACUUUGCAAUCAGCUAUGCUGAAGGUCAUUGUAGCCAAUUAUCUUAAACAACACACGGAAUACGACGUAAGGGAGAUUACACCAUUGAUCGCACGGGAAUCAUGUGCAUUAUUUCAAGAUCUUAUCGGACUUGUUGUUCAAAGGGCAUCUAAAACUGUAGAUUCGGUCAAUUCAGCAAUAAUAAUGAAUAUUGAAAGCACAUCAGCUCAAGCAUUUUUUUCUGCACCAACUUUAGCUGAAGUAUUAAAUCAUUUUCAAAAUUUACAUCGUGAUGUUAAAGGUGAUAUUGUAGAAAUGAACAUUUUAAAAGGAUUAGCGGAAGUAUUACCAACAGAAUUUAGUGGUUUGGGAAUCAACGGAGUGACAACUAGUAAUGAUUCCGUUGUAUUAGAUGAAGGAGAUGAUGAUGAAAUAGGUGAAUUAUUUUCAAUUUGGAAUAAUAAUAGUAAUCAAGGAAUUUCGAAUAAAAAAUCGCGAAUAAGGAGGGCAAGUACCACAGAUAUUUCAGAUAAUAACUCGCGACGAACAUUAUAUGGAUCACCGGCUAUAGAAUUCGUAGAAGAAACAACUACGACAAGGAAAAGAAAAGGAAUUGAUAUAGAAAAUAAUAAGAACGCGUCGAAAAAGGCAAAAACUCCUGCUGCAAAUACGACAGCCAGUGUAAUACCAACGCCAUUCAGGAUCAUUCCAGGCCAAGGAUCAGAAUAUUUACAUGAAACACUUAAUGAGGACGGCUUCCAACAUUCUACCGAAUUUGAUGAAUCUUUGCUGACUUCAUUCACCACAUCAUUUUUUGCCCCAAACAAUGAUGCAAAUCUAUCCACAUCAUCCAAUCCAAUUAUGACUUACGCACAACAUCGUAUAACCACGGCUUAUGAUGCGAUAUCUCAUCACUUAACAACACAUACACAAGAAAAAAUAUCUCUAUAUGAAAAAUCAUGUCAAGAAUAUGAACUAUUAUUAGAAAUACUUGAGGCAUUAGAUGGUGUUGGAGAUGAAGUAGCAUUGGCUAAAAUGUUAGAGAAUUGGAACGAGGACGUUGAAGAUGAAGAUGUAAUAAUAAUGAGUUCAGAGGCAGUAAAUAAUUCCAAACCUGACUUAGAAGGUUCGGAUAAUGAAUUUAGUAAUAACAACAUUGAAGCACCCAAUGAAAGUCAACAAAUAAAGAAAGUAACUAUGAUUGGAAAUAGUGAAGAGACAAAAGACGACAAAAAGAUAAAGAAUGAAAAUGAAAUCAAGAGUGAAGAUAGAGAAAUAGAAGACCCUUCACUGAAUGCUAAUGUUGGAGUUGUUACCGGAGAGGUAAGUUCGUCUUCUUCUGUCGAGGAGGGCGAAAUCGAGGACGAGGAAGAAAUUGUAAAUCAUGGUGGAGAUGUUCUCAAAAAAGGUGACGAAAUAUCAACACAAUCACGCAAUAAAACUAUAAACUUAAAUCCUGAAGCUGGGAGAAACAAACUCGCCAGAGAGAGCAGUCCAGGGUGGGCAUGGGAUGAUGAAGAAAUUGGAGAUUGA